AUGGCUGACGACCACGCCGCGAAGUCCAUAUCUUGCUACGGCGCCGGGAUAAACCACACGCCUAACCUUGAUCGCCUAGCCAAAGAGGGAAUGCGAUUCAAUCACUGCUAUGUCACGAACAGCAUUUGCACGCCUUCCCGGGCUGCUAUUCUGACAGGCCAGCACAACCACGUCAAUGGCGUGUUGACCCUAGAUUCCAAGAUCAACACCCGGCAGCCACACGUCGCGAAGCAGCUCCACGCAGGCGGCUACCAGACUGCCAUGGUAGGAAAGUGGCACCUCGGCGAAGGGAAGGCGCAUGAGCCCAGCGGCUUCGAUUACUGGAGUAUUGUGCCUGGACAAGGCGAAUACUACGACCCUCUGUUUAUUGAUCCUACUGGCACCCAUCGCGAGGACGGAUACGCCACGGAUAUCAUCACCGACAAGACCAUAAAUUUCAUUAAGAAUCGAGACACUUCAAGACCGUUCUUUGCCAUGUGCCAUCACAAAGCGCCGCAUCGCAGCUGGGAGUGCGAUCCCAAGCACAAGCAUCUGUAUAAGGAACCUGUGCGGUUGCCGGAUACAUUUACGGAUGAUUACAAGAAUCGUGCGAGGGCGGCAAAGGUCGCGAAAAUGAGGGUCGCGGAUGAUUUGACGUAUCACGAUUUGGGGCUCGUGCAGCCAGACGGAGGCAGAGAAGUGGGUGAGAAGAUGAUUGACAUCGCGAUCUGGAAUGACCGCAAAAUCCCCGCCCCUCAGGAUGUAACAAAGAUGCGCCUGAUGGACAAAGACGACGGCACAGUCUUCACCUUCCGCACGCCUUCCGAACUCGCAGAAUUUAAAUUCCAACGCUACAUGCAGCGCUACCUGCGCACCAUCCAGUCCAUCGACGACAACACCGGCCGCCUCCUCGACUUCCUCGACGCCGAAGGCCUCGCAGAAAACACCAUCGUCAUAUAUACUUCCGACCAGGGCUUCUUCCUCGGCGAGCACGGCUGGUUUGAUAAGCGCUUCAUGUAUGAAGAGUCCUUCCAGAUGCCCUUCCUUAUCCGGUACCCUCCUGCCAUCGCGUCCGGCUCUAUAUGCGAUGACAUUAUAUGUAAUGUAGACUUUGCGCCAACGUUCCUUGAUUUCGCGGGGAUCAGGACUCCAAGUUAUAUGCAAGGCGUAUCGUUCCGUCAGCUGCUGCAGGGCAAGACGCCCACAGAUUGGCAGCAAGUCGCUUACCAUCGGUACUGGAUGCACAACGACAUCAUUCACAAUGCGUACGCGCAUUAUGGGGUUAGGGAUCAGAGGUAUAAACUGAUUUACUGGUAUAAUGAAGAUUUUGGGCUUGAGGGGGCGAGGCCUGGGGAUGCGGAUCAUAAAGAGUGGGAGCUGUUUGAUUGUGAGGAGGAUCCUUUGGAGCUGUUCAAUGUUUACGGGGAGCCGAAGUAUAAGGAGGUGAGGCAGAGGAUGACAAAGAUGCUGGAGGAUAAGAUGCUGGAGAUUGGGGAUGAGGUGGUGCAUGAGAGGGCUGUGCUGGAGAAGGGGAGAUCGAUGCUGUGA